GUUAGUUGCAAACAAAAAGCGAUUAAAAAAAAAAAGUUAGUAGCAAACAAAAAAUUAAAACAGAAACAUGAGAAAGUUUUCAAAGAUACAGAAACGUUUUUUGUUAAUAUUUAUUUUGAUUAUAAUUUUUAUUGCUAUCUACGAAAUUCGAGAUUUAAAAAGUUGUAACUCAUUAAUGCUAAAAGAAAAAAUAAAAACACCGUCCGGUGUAGAAAUACCAAAAUAUGUCGAAAGUUCACAUUUUAUAUCUUUCGGAAACUUAUCCAAAGAAUGUGAAUAUAACAAUAAAAACGAAAUUGUUUGUCCAGAUGUUAGACAUUUUGGAGAAACCAUGCACAGGCAAGUUUUGUUAACAAUAACAAGAAUGCUGGCAAUUAUCAAUUUAAUUUGCGAACGUCACUCCAUAAAGUAUUGGCUUUUAGCUGGAACUUUACUUGGAUCUUAUCGAAGUAACAAGCUUAUUCAUUGGGACGACGAUGCAGAUAUAGGAAUGUUGCUUGAAGAUUAUCAACAAUUUUUGAAACAUGUUCGCAAUGAAUUACCUGAAGAUUUAUAUUUUCAAGAUGGAUCUGAUGAUAUUCAUUUUAGAAGCACAAAAUUUGUUAAUGCAAAAAUUAGAGAUCGAAACAGUUGCUACGGGUAUUGCAUUAGAAAAGGAUGCCAGUGGCACGAUGGAAUUCAAAUUGACAUUUUCGUUUUUUUAAAAAAACAAGAUAAUUCAGACGUAAUAACAAGUACUUUUCCUCGAUUUGAAUUUAACUCCAAAAAUAUUUUUCCGAUUAAAAAAACGUUUGUAGAUGGAGUGUUACUCUCAGUCCCAGCAGAAAGCCACAAAAUUUUAUUAUUUUUGUACGGAUCUGACUAUUUGAAACCGAUUUCUAAUGCGUGCCCGUCCGGAAGAAUUCCAUUUCCAUGGUACAGCUGCGAAUAUCUAGGUAGUUUAUCUUUGAACGAUCGAAUAAAAAUUCUUAAAGAAUCAGAAAUUCAUUCAAACUUUUUAUUUCAGUAUAUAUAAAGAUUUAGUUUGUGCAUACCUAUGAUAAUAGAUUUUUACUUUUUUUUU